CGGUCGUGUACGGUUCGGUUUGCUACCAUUUCUCCGUGUCGCCCGUUUCUUCGACUAGUUUAUAGUGUAUUAGUGCGUUAGUCAGUCGGCCAAUCAGAGCCCCGCGAUGCAGUGCAAGUUCUUUUGUUAUUAAUCAUGUAACCUCUCCUCGGUGUGCUGUAACAAUAUUUUUAUGCCGCACCCCUGUGCCAUAACUAUAGGCUCGUGUGAGCAUCCAUAAUAAGUCAUCGACAUAUGCGUUGCAUCAAGGUGGACAGGGAACAUUUAUCGAGUGAUUUCUAAUAAGUUCGGAUCCGAUCCGAAUCGUGUCCGAUCAAUUCCCGUGAAUCGUUACGUGAGUCAAGUCAAGUUCGAUGUUCAAUCAAUUUUGUUCAAUCAACAGACAAAGUGCGAAGAAGUGUGACAGCAGAAAAAAGUGAAGCAACAAAUUAAAUUGCGAACGUAUACGCAUGUGUGUGUGCGAGUGUAUUACAGUGCCAUCCAGUCCAGUGGAAUGUUAUGGAACUUGUGCAAUUUCGUCUCGCGUGACUGUGUGUUAGUGAGCUGCGUACGCCGGAGCUGUCGUUCAAAACAAACAGUACUACUUCGAUGAUUGGAUUGCAUCGAAACAACAGAAAUUUCUAUACAGUAGAAAAAAGAUUAACCAACGCCUACUUAGUUCAUGUUUCGGAUGUCAACUAGUACCACAGUCAGCAAUCGAUAGCAUCGGUGAACCUUCAAACUAUGGCAGACACUCAGGGUCCGGCCACCCCGGUUCCCGUUCCACGACCCCGCCAACGAACGAACAACAACAACAAUCCACCUCCCGCCACGACAGUCGAAGACAAAAUCAACAACAACAACACCCGUGAUGUUCCGGACGGCAGGUCAUCCGUCGGCAGCCUCACCUUUCCAUCGAUAUAUCCUAAACUGGACUAUGAAAACUUUGAAAUUAAGAACCCACGGGUCGCUACCCCACCGGCAACACCGAAGAUCCCGAACGGAAGCACUGAUCCAAGCCCGCGUCCGGUUCCGGCACCUCGUCGAUCACGAAUCAUAGUUCACGAAGAAAGUGGCGAUGGGGAGACGACCCGAUAUCAGAACGUUACUCCGAUAGCCGCCACCGGUGCCACAAAGAAGCCUCCUCCGAUUCCACCUAGUCCUAAUUUCAACACGACGACAACGACGACGUCGAAAACGAAGAGUCCCGUGUUAAGUCCUGGUAUUACCACGGUUCACAAUGAUUUACGGGGAAGCUCAACGCCCGUUUCUCCAGGUACGAGUUCAGGCCGGUUCAGCUUCGAGGGGGAGAAGCUGCCUGGCGUUGAUCGAAGCGAAUCGGAUGGCGCGUCUAUUGGAAGUGGUGACAGUGGACGAAAGUACAAGACUUCGUCACCUGGACAACUCUUCAAAUCGAUCGGCAUCACUUCUAAACUCUUGACCGAAUCCAUCAGCGAACGAGUUACGCACAAAACCAAGAAGGUAGCCAGCAAGCUAGACAAAAAUUUCAAGGAAUCGAAAAGUUCAUUCAGCAACUGGAGCACCGAAGCGGGCAGCAAGCUCAAAACGGUGAGCAAAUCGAUCAACAGCAUUGCCGAGGACAAGCUGUCUCUUUCGUUGGCUCGCAACAAAAGCGGCAAGACGAAACGAAGCAACAGCACCGGAGAGGACGGUGACUUUCUGGAGCGAAGACAAACGGCACCACCGGAGAAUAGUGAUCUCAUGAGAAACAUUCAGUUCAACAGUCCGCUGAACAAUAAGGUUAACAACCGGGAAGAUCUUACCAAAGGAUCAUCCUCCUCGUCUACGUACGACAUUCCGAAGAGUACGAAGCGGACAAAUUAUGGCGAGCAGCCACCCGGUUACGAAGAUUCGCUCAAAUCCAACAGUAGCGUUAGUUUGGCGUCGGCUUCCUCAUCGUCAACGAAUCCACCACCGGCGGGAACCUUCACCAGAACCUCCGGACUGAGCCAAAGUCUGUACAGUAAAGUCGUUCCGAAGAAAGAUCGCAAAGGAGACCCACAUACGUCACCUCCUCCACCCGGACCGUUACGGACCAAAACCAAGAGUGAAUCAAAUCUGUGCGAGUCCAAGUUCUACAUUGAUUCGGUUCGGGAAAUCGACACCGGAAGUAGUUCGGAAAAUAUUCCACCUCCGACAGUGCCGGCACCGGUUCUUCGAACCGGUAAGCCUCCAGCGAAGAGUGAGAAUCCUUACGGGAAGCUGAAUAUCAUUCAACGACCACCUUCCAGUAGUUCGUCGGAUGAGGACAAUACUCUACCGGAGCUGAUAAAGCGAAUUCAGAUCCGUAAGAAGGCGAUUAACUAUGAAAACGUCGCCGUAGGCGACUCAUCUGCUCCGGAUUCGCGUCGAGCCACCUGCAACUCGGUGAAUCGAAUUUUCUCCCGUCGAUCCUCGUCGUUCGACGAACUUCGGAACAACAUGAAUCUUCGAUCGGAUUCGUGGAACUUUUACGACGUCAGCGGACGGGAAGAUUCCCAACACGAUGAAGAGGAAGAGGACGACAGUUCACGGAUCAGCACACCGGAACCAACGUACGUCAACGAUGGUCAAAUCUACGGACAGAUCUGUGAAAUGGAGACCUCGCUGUUGCUGCCACAACCUCUAACUGCACUACCGGUAAGACACGAUUACGACGAAGUGUCCAUUUCCGACAUAAUCGAUGAGUUCGACCCGUUGAAUAACCGGCGAACGCUGGCGGAGAUUAACGAACUGGCACUGAUCGAGAACAUCCUCGGUGCGGAGUCGUACGGUCGGCGAGUCAAGCUGGAAUCGUCGGAUGAGAGUUUAGCCACCGGGGACAUUCCAAAAGAGAUUCCAAAACCUCCCAAGCGAUCGGAUUCGUUGAUGGAGUCAUCGACGCCCGCGGAUCCGGGACCACCGAGCAAAGAUACUCCGCCGAUUCCUCGGCGGAAAAAGUCCAAAAGUCCUCGCCGGACCAUGAUCAUUCAUCAAAAUCUAAACCUGCCAUCGGAUGACGUUGAAAAGCUGGUGGACGAAGCGGUGGUUGAACCGUAUCUGUCAGUUGUUGAAGAGACUAGCGUUAGCCAAGAACCGGUUGAUCUGAGCUACCCAUCCAGCAGUCAAGGACCGCAAACGAGUUGGUUUGUAGCGGAAGCGGGUACUUCCACGGAACCGGAUAGGUUCCUUAAGAACUCCAAGGUCGAUCCGGUGAACGAAAACAAUAAACCGGUGGAAAAGAUUCAAAAGGAACUGCCGUCGGAGUUGACCUGCAUCGGUGAGGAUGAUACAUACCUGCCAUCCUAUUUGGAGGCUAUUGGUGGCGAUGCGUUGCAGGAUCCAUUUCCUGGUCCUUCGUUUAGUACCGGCAGCGGCGCCGGUAAGACAAGUGUCAAAUCAAAACUGAUCAACGCGUUGAAGCGCAAGUCUAGCUUCAAGGGGAAAAGUGAGGUGCGGACGGUGCUGGAGAUGGUACCGAAGCCGUUGCUGACGGAACGUUUCAUCAGUCAUCAUGGUCACGUGUUGAAGUUUCCUUCCGGUAUGAUCGGUGAUGUGUUCAACGAGUUGGCGCCGCGAUCGGUUGUUUUGAAGGAGAAAAUUAUUCAAACGUAUCAGGACCCGCAGAAGAUGCAACCGAAGGAGACACUGCAUCUGAAGUUUAUUCUGAGUUUGCAGUGUGUCGUUCAGCACAAGUUCAACAGCGAAAGUCUGGAUUUGCACUGUUUUGAGGUGGUUUUGGCGCUACCGAAAAAGGAGGGUGGUUCCACCGCCAAUCAGCAGCUGGUGACGAAUCCUAAUUUGGUGAUUACCAGCACCAACAGCGGGAAUGUGAAGAGCUUGCGGCAGUCGUAUAUGUUUGGGGUGCAUAAGCGGCAGGACAGGAACGUGUGGAUGGGGAAGAUCUUGCAGUCGGUAACGGAUGUGUUCCCCGAUAGCUGCCUGGCGGAGUUUACUCGGGCGGGAUGGUGUUACAUGAAGAAAUCGGUAUCGUCCGGUUGGAGUGGGGCCUGGCUGUUGCUGGCUAAGCGUCGAUUGUACUUUUACAACUACCAGGAUCAUCAGUUGGAGCAAUUGGAUCUGCGGAAAGCUCGUUGUAUUGGAGCAAUCGAAUCGGAAGAAUCGAUCAGGAAUCUUCACAUCGAAACCGGACCGUCUCUGUUCAUCGAUUGUCCACCCUAUGCGACGCUGUAUUUCAUUAUGAGUUCGCCACGGGAGACUCAGAUCUGGAGGAAGAUUAUGAAGGAUAUGGCGCACAAGAAUGGUACGAGUUUGCACAGUCAGCAGUUGACGCGGAACGAUGUUCCCGUACUGAUCGACAAAUGUAUAAAUUUCAUCUACGCUCACGGAUCCAUGUCCGAGGGAAUCUAUCGAAAAUCCGGAUCAUCAAGCCAGGUUAACAAAAUCCUCGGACUGUUUAAAGAGGAUGCCUUCGCGGUGCAGCUGACGCGUGGUGAGUUCAACGAAUACGACGUUGCCGGAGCGCUGAAAAAGUUCAUCCGAGAUAUUCCGAACUCUUUCCUCGGCAACUAUUCGGUCAGUUUCGUCAGUAUCACCAGUCUGAAAUCCGCCAAAGAUAAGAUCGACUCGUAUCGGGAGUUGCUGUCCCGGUUGCCGAAAGUCGAGCAUCAAACGCUGAAGAAGUUGGUCGGUCAUUUGAGCUUCAUCGCGUCGCUGGAGCUGCACAAUAAAAUGGGCAUCCCGAAUCUGGCGAUGAUCUGGGGCUCGACGUUGAUGGCUAACUCCAGUCAGAAUGUUGAGGCGGAACAGUACAGCUAUUCGCAGGACGAAGCUGACGUGGUAGCGGAUUUGAUUAAGCUGUACAAGAAUCUGUUUACCAUCACCCCGGAGGAAGUGAAGAAGGAACAGCUGAUGUUGAAGGUGCUGCAGAAGUAUCACGCCGCUGCGGAGAAUCUGUCCGAUUCGGUGAAACAUUCCGGUGAUCUGAAGGUGUGGAUUACGAUCGAUUGUGAUGAUGGCGGGGGUGGCGUCGGUGAUGGUGUCACAGGACAGCAGGAGGAUAAAACACAGAUUAAUGUUACGAUAACGCCGACGAAGACGGCUUCCGACAUCUGCAAGGAGCUGGCCGCGAAGGCUGGUUUUGAGUGGUACAAACUGACACUGUACGAAGUGAUUGCGGAGGGGGCACUGAUUCGACCGGUUCAUCACAGCGAGCGGGCGCUGGAGAUUGUGCUGAGAUGGACCUACUGGGACGACGCAGACCGUAAAACGAACUACCUGUCCAUCAGACCAAACACCACACUGAACGACGUCUACCGGCACAUCCAGAAGGCCCCGAUGCUAACACCCACCACCGAACUCAAGUUUGCCGAUCGACGUACGAAAACACUCCGCAGCUACAAACUACAGCUAAUCGGGCGAGAGAUUAUCGUGUUGAAACGAGCCGACAAAAAGGAUAAGGGAACGUACGAGGAGCUGAUGAAGAUUCACCUGGGACGAGUGCAUGCCUAUCUCGGACGGGAGGCGAAACGGGACCAGUCGCGGCUCCGCUGGGCGAUUACACUGGUGGAGCAUGAUUUUAAGAAACGAUCCCGAGAUUCACCCUUCAUCGGUCACCUCCUCGGAGGAGUAGAUUUCAGUGAUCAAAUCCUGUGGUAUUCCAGCAUAUUAUACAGUCUACACAAGGAUGACAUUUUGCCAAGUAGCGAUCUAUUUUUCUAGAAUUUUAAUACGUAUUUCUACGUAAGUCAGCGCCAAUAUAGAUAGCCAAUAUUUACAGAACGUAUUGUUUAUAUUAAGUGAAAAAUUGUGAAACGAACAAAUAUGCAAUAAAACUGUAGAUUUCAAGUA